CCGGUCAUUCUAAUGAACAUGAAGUUUUUAUGGUUGUCGCGCCACAGUGCUUUGAAACUAAUAGAUCAAACGUGCUGUUAGUUGUUAUUUAAAAAUAAACGAUAGAAUCAUUAAUAUUAUGACGAGUAGGUGCACGUUUAACAUUUAUGGAAGGAGUAUCAUCAUUUUUCAACAAUACACAGCAGGUAGUGUUACAGCCUCACAGCUCUGUGGUUCAGGCCUGCUCUCAGGGUUCUCCAGUUUCCUCCUGCGUGUGUGUAGCGAGUUUGACAUAUCCUUCUUGUUUUGGGAUUUUAAAGGUGAAGCCAUGGAGCAAGAGGACCGAUCUCCCCUCAAACACUUUGUUCUGGCCAAAAAGAAGAUUGGUGGUGUUUUCGAGCAGCUGCUAAACUAUGUCCAGGAAAGUUCACAGUUUGUUCAAGAUACGUGUUAUAACGAAUCGUUAGAGUACAUUGCAAAUGGAGAUCAGUUGGAGGAGAUUGAUGCAUACACCAGCAAACUAGCAGUUAUAAAAGAGGUGCUGGCUCGUAGGCAUAUGAAGGUGGCCUUUUUUGGCAGAACAAGCAAUGGAAAGAGCACGGUUAUCAACGCCAUGCUGCGUGACCGGGUGAUGCCCAGCGGCAUCGGACACACAACUAACUGCUUUUUGAGCGUUGAAGGCACUGAUGAAGACAGGGCUUAUCUGAAGACUGAGGGAUCAGAGGAUGAGAAGAGCAUCAAGACUGUCAAUCAGCUGGCUCAUGCAUUACACAUGGAUGAGAGUCUUGAUGCUGGCUGUCUUGUUAAGGUCUUCUGGCCUAAAACAAAGUGCGCUCUCCUAAGGGAUGACCUAGUACUCAUGGACAGUCCUGGGACUGACGUCACCACACAGUUGGACAGCUGGAUCGACAAGUUCUGUUUGGACGCUGAUGUAUUUGUGCUGGUGGCCAACUCUGAGUCCACGCUUAUGAACACAGAGAAACAUUUCUUCCACAAAGUAAACGAACGCCUUUCAAAGCCCAACAUUUUCAUCCUGAAUAAUCGCUGGGAUGCUUCCGCCUCUGAACCCGAAUACAUGGAGGAUGUGCGUAAGCAGCAUAUGGACCGAUGUGUGAACUUCCUGGUGGAGGAACUCAAGGUGGUGGAUCGCCAGCAGGCUCCCAAUCACAUCUUCUUCGUAUCUGCUAAGGAGGUGCUGAACUCAAGAAUGCAGCAGGCGCAGGGUAUGCCAGAGUCUGGAGGAGCACUAGCAGAAGGUUUCCGGGAGAGACUGAGGGAGUUCCAGAGCUUUGAGAGGACUUUUGAGGAGUGUAUCUCGCAGUCAGCAGUGAAAACAAAGUUUGAGCAGCACACAAUCAGGGCAAAGCAGAUCACUGAAAGUGUAAAAGGCAUCAUGGAUCAAAUCCACAUUGCUGCCGCUGAGAAGAGGGUGGCCUCUCUGGAGGAGAGAGAGUAUCUGAUGGACCGCUUGGAGUUUGUCCGAAAUCAGCUCAACCUUCUCAUUGAGGAUAUCAAAAAGAAAAUUAAGAUGGUUUUAGAGCAGGUGGCCAGCCAGGUAUCGAAUGCCAUGGCAGAGGAGAUCUGUCGACUCUCGGUACUCAUAGACGAGUUUCGUUCAGACUUCCACCCAUCUCCUCACGUGCUAAAGAUGUACAAAUCAGAGCUGCUUAAUCACGUAGAAAAGGGUUUGGGAAAGAACCUGGCUUUCCGCUGCUCUGAUGCUGUCAACGCUUCUGUGCAGUCCUCUCAGAAAGAAAUGAUCGAAUGUUUGCAGCCUUUACUACCCCCUGAUGUUCAGAGCCAGAUCCACAUGCUGAUCCCUUGCAGAAAGUUUGACCUGAGGUACGACCUGAACUGCGCAACACUCUGCGCCGAUUUCCAGGAGAACAUCGAGUUUCAGUUCUCUCUUGGUUGGACUGCACUGGUCAGCCGUUUCCUCGGCCCAGCCAACGCCAAGCGCGCCCUCCUGCUGGUGGACCAAAACCUCCAGCUCACACAUCCUUUGGCCACCACUCCAGGAAGUGGUGCCAUUGCACAGGCCCCACCUUCUAGAGCUCAGGCCGUGGUAAGCCAGGAGGAGCUCAUGAUGUCUAUGAUUGCAAAUCUGGCUUCCGUCACCUCCCGCACUUCCAUGAGCAUGGUCAUCGUCGGGGGCGUGGUGUGGAGGAUGAUAGGCUGGAGAGUCAUCGCUCUCUCUAUGAGUCUUUAUGGCCUGGUGUACUUAUUUGAGAAACUCACAUGGACCACCAGGGCUAAGGAGAGAGCACUGAAGAAGCAGUUUGUAGAUUACGCCACUGAGAAACUCCAGAUGAUUGUCAGCUUCACCAGUUCAAACUGCAGCCACCAAGUGCAGCAGGAGAUAGCCAGCACGUUUGCCCGGCUGUGCCAGCAGGUAGAUGAAACUCAGCGGGACCUAGAGAAUGAAAUCAGCCGUUUGACGACAAAGAUUCAGCAGCUGGAGACGGUUCAGAGCAGCUCCAAAUCACUUAGAUACAAAGCCACAGAUUUGGAGAAAGAGCUGGAGAGCUUUACAAACCAGUAUCUCCAGCCAAAGAACUGAAUUCCCCAUUCUCACUCAGCACCUUGGUCUCAGGCUUUAUUCCACAGGAAAGGAUCGACAGAAGAUACCUAGCAGCUGUGUAUCUGCAAUGUAAAUGUUAUCAAUGGAAAAACUGUCAUAUACACUUACACUGUCACGGGUUGGUUUCUGGAUUUCCGACUACAAACAAUUCACUCGAGAUGUGGUUUGAUUGCAGUGUUUAUAUUGAAUCUGUUCUGUAAUGAUAUCUGAUUGAUUACCGAACUCAAACACUACUGUAUGUACCGUGGAAGAAAAACAUGAAGAAAACAACGAUGAAAGGCUUCAGAAACGUCACGCUCACGUCUCAGAACAUUGUAAACAAAACCAGAUUAUUUUGUUCACGUCCAGCGACUUGAAACAGAGCUCUUUUCUGAACCUCAUUUUCUGGAAGGGAAAGUUCAAAAAGUGUUAUGUAGGUAGUCUUUUGAUCAGUGCCUAUUUUCGAUAAGUUCCUCUAAAACCUUUCUAUGAUUCUAAUCCAUUGUGAAGAAUUUCUUUUUGGAGGUUUAUGCUUUGUAAAAAUGUGAAUUGUUCAGAUUUAAAAAAUAUAAUAAAUCAGAAAAAAAUGAUCAUUAAAAUA